UCGAAGAGAAGAAGAAGAAAGAAGGGAGCGGAAGAACUGUUGUGCACGUAGCACAAAAGCCGCGGCAUAUCGAAGUCUGGGAACGGAUAGUUGCGUGCUUACAUAAAUAAAUUACACAGCACUGCUGCUUUUCUAUAUUUUUAAAGUAUCGUGUUUUGUAAAGCUCGAGUCCCACAUUGUUAGCUCGCAUACUUGCUAACUAGCGUUAGCGAACUAGCUAAAACUGCUAGCACGUUUAUCGCCAUUUUGCGCAUUCAACAGCCCAAGACCUUCGCCAGCAGCGAGGUGUUGAAUUCAGUAGCAUGGCAGAGGCAGACCGACCAGGGAAGCUCUUCAUCGGUGGACUGAACACCGAGACCACCGAGAAGGCCCUGGAGCAGUACUUCAGUAAAUAUGGCAGGAUUGUCGAAGUUCUUUUGAUGAAAGAUCGCGAAACAAACAAAUCAAGAGGCUUCGCUUUUGUUACUUUUGAAAGUCCGGCUGAUGCAAAGGAUGCAGCGCGUGAGAUGAAUGGAAAGUCUCUUGAUGGCAAGCCUAUCAAAGUGGAGCAAGCAACAAAGCCCCAGUUUGAGAGUGCUGGCAGGCGAGGACCUCCGCCCAUGCACUCCCGCAGCCGUGGUCCACCCAGGGGCCCCCGUGGUUCCAGGGGAGGCCCUGGCAGUAUGAGGGGCCCACCAUCCAGAGACUACUAUGAUAAUUCAGGGAAUGUAGAACCCUUCUUUAAAGGGAUGUCAUCCAGAGGCCCCCCUCCGAUGAAGAGAGGACCCCCAGUUCGUAAUGGAGGUCCCCCACCCAAGAGGUCUGCCCCAUCUGGUCCCAUGAGCAGAACCCCCAUGUCAAGAGACAGGGAUCCCUAUGGUCCACCCCCUCCUCGCAGAGACUCCAUGAUGUCCAGGAGGGAUGAUUAUCCAUCACCAAGAGAUGAUCAUUACAACUCCAAAGACAGCUACUCCAGCCGGGAUUACAAUUCCAGAGAUUCGAGGGACUACGGCCCUCCUCAGAGAGAUUAUUCAUACAGAGAAUACUCCAAUUCCAGCUCCCGAGAUGACUAUGGCUCGAUGUCGAGGGGAUACAGUGACCGUGAUGGUUAUGGGGGAGGCCGGGAACCCAGAAGCUAUAUGGAUCGUUCAAGUGGUGGCUCCUACAGAGAUUCAUAUGAUGGUUACGGUAACUCUCGAAGCGCCCCACCUUCACGGGGCCCCCCACCAUCCUAUGGUGGGAGCAGUGGAAGCAGUCGUUACGAUGACUAUGGCAGCAGUUCCCGGGAUGGCUAUGGCAGUCGUGACAGUUACCCCAGCAGUCGGAGUGACCCAUAUCCACCUAGCCGUGGUGAGCGAAUGGGCAGGCAGGAGAGGGGCCCAGCUCCCCCUGUUGAGAGAGGCUACCCUCCUCGUGAUUCGUACAGCAGCUCAAGUCGUGGAGGGCCACGUGGUGGCCGUGGUGGCAAUCGACCCGAUAGAGGGAUGGCUCGCAGCAGAUACUGAACUGGACUUGGAAAUCACAUUAAAGCAAACGUUAGUCUCCGUGCACAGUUAACACUUGUUUUGGAAGAGCUCUGACGAGACAAACUAUCCAUGUCUAAAUCUGUGGAAUAUAAGGCUUAGCUUUGAAUUGUAUUUUGACUUUCCCAGUUUUUUUUUUUUUAAUGUGUAAAAGUUAUUUUGUUUUUUUUUUUUUUUAGUAUUUCUCUUGCUCAUGUAACAGUACAGUUACCAAGUUAGUGUUAGUUUUUGUACACUCAGUGCUGUUGGAAUCUGCAAUGCCCUAUCAGUCUGGCUUUCCUACUCUAAUAAAGCUUUUAGUUGUACCAUGACCACUGCUCAUCGAUUUCUCAAAACAAGACCAGAGACGGUAACACGAAUGUCAAGUUACAACCUGAUCUCCUUUACAAAGUUCUCUGCAAAGCAUAGGUGAGUCUCUGCUCGUGCUUUAUAAAUAGUCAAAUGACUUGAGUUCCUUCUUAACACAAAUGUGCCAUCAACUGGACGCUGCUGUUUUCAAGGGUUAGGCAAAUGUUACUGUCAAAAUGUUCCAAUGUAGUUUCCUUGGAAAUGGAUCCAUCACCCUAGAGCCAUUCGAUGGCAUGCAACGACAAAACCAAAGGCAACAACAACCAAAUGCAACUCGACUGGUAGUCAACAGCUGGUAAGCAAAGCAAACCUCUUUGUUUCUCAUCUGUAAAUGAGUUUCUCAUUGUCCUGUAUUGCAAUCUCCCCUCAAAGCGUGAUACUCGACAACUUUUCCCUUCAGAGGACAAAAGAAAAAAGGAAGUCAACUGAAGGUGCCUUUUUCAUGUUAAUCCGUUGUCAUCAGCUAACAUUGUCAAAAGUGCAGCAACAUCCCAAGAAGUUUCGUCCCUUGUCAGCAAUGAAAGUGUAACUGCCAUUUUGCCAACUGAGCCCUCAAAAUGACCCUUUUUUGCCUAACCAAUCGUCCAACCUCAGUAAAAUGAUUGGCAACAGUGCUUUUUUUUAAAUUCCCAAGUAAAAAAAUAUCCCAAGUAUUGGUAAGAACUUUUUCUUGGUGAAAAUUAAGAGCCAUUUUUAAUUGAAGAGCCAUUUUCUCAGUAUCAAAACCUGUUCCACAAGCAUGCCAAUCCAAACAAUGGAGACCUCUGGAAGAACACCACCGUCCUAACUGCAAAACUGGAAACAAUCGCUGAAGCAAAUUCACAGUCGGACCGAGGACUAUAAAACCAUUUUCAGAUGUUUCAUGAAUACAUGAUCAAAAGAAGGGCAACAUGUUAAUUGUAUGUUCUCAUUGCAGGAUGACAGCCGCUCCAAGGCAACUGCCCUUGCAACGUAACCUGAAUGUGUCCGCAAGUUGUUGGACCAAUGAGACCACAGUGCACCAGUGUGGGUACAUCCACCAGGCUGAUUGUAGUGCAGAUGCUGGCACAGGCUUCUGUUGAGAGCUGGUUGAAUCUUCAAGUGGAGAUGUGAGUUGAAAGUUGGAAGAACUCAGGCUGAAGAUUUGCUCAAUUGAAAGUGUUUCUGGUGUUUUCAAUAAAGACUUUGAAAGGA